CGGCGGCGGCGGCGUCGGGGCGGCGCAGUCGGGCGGCGGCGGCGGCGGCAUGAACGGCUCGGGCCGGGGGCUGUGCGAGCGCGGCGAGGCUCUGCCUCCCGGCGCCAGCCCCCGCGUCAGCGCCCUCAUGUUCUCCGCCGGCCUCCUGGGCAACUUGCUGGCGCUGGCGCUGCUGCUGCGCGGCCGCCGCGGGCCCCGCGCCCGCCCGCCCGCCCUCUUCCACGUCCUGCUGCUCGCCCUGGUGCUCACCGACCUGCUGGGCACCUGCGCCGUCAGCCCCGUGGUGCUGGCCUCCUACCACCGCAACCGCACCCUCACCGCCCUGGCCCGCGGCGGCCGCGUCUGCCUCUACUUCGGCUUCGCCAUGAGCUUCUUCGGCCUCGCCACCAUGCUCAUCCUCUUCGCCAUGGCGCUGGAGCGGUGCCUGGCCCUGGGGCGGCCCUAUUUCUACGAGCGCUUCCUCGGCCCCCGCGCCGGCUCGGUGGCCCUGCCGGCCGUCUACGCCUUCUCCGCCGCCUUCUGCUCCUUGCCGCUGGCGGGCUUCGGGCACUACGUGCAGUACUGCCCCGGCACCUGGUGCUUCAUCCGGAUGCACUCGGGCGACGCGCGGCAGCCCGGCGGCAGGGAGGGCUCCGGGAUGGACGUCGCCUUCUCGCUGCUCUACGCCAGCCUGCUGCUGCUCCUCAUCCUCGCCGUGCUGCUCUGCAACCUCAGCGUCAUCGCCAACCUGGCGCGCAUGCGCCGCCGGGGACGGAGGACCCGCCGGCUGGCGACGCCGGAGCAGCCCCGGGCGGCCGGGGGCUGCGGCCGCCGCGUGCUCUCCAUGGCCGAGGAGAUCGACCACCUCCUGCUGCUCUCCAUCAUCACCAUCACCUUCGUCGUCUGCUCCCUGCCGUUCACGAUCCGCGCCUACGUGAACAACCUCGGCCGGGCGACCGGAGACGACCACGACUGGGACCUCCUCGCGCUGCGGUUCCUGUCCGUCAACUCCAUCGUCGACCCCUGGGUCUUCGCCAUCCUGCGCCCGCCCUUCCUGCGGCUGCUGCGCUCGGCGCUGCGCUGCCGGCCGGCCCUUCCCAGCCGGGGGGGCCAGCGGAGCCCGGCCGCGGCCAAGGCGAAACCGGCGCUGCAGCUCGCCGUCUGCGGGCGAUAGAUGCGGUGGCAUCUGCAGGAGACGUCGGGGAGGCCGCGCAGCGCCGAGGGGCGUCCGCGAGACGCUGCUUGGAGGCCGAGAAAGGCGCCCGGGUGCUGCCGGGCCGCGGCCGCGCGGGCACCACGCCGUGCAGAGCCAGGCAAAGGCUG